CGUAUUUACUUGCGGCGGAAAGGAUGGCCCUGUGUGCCAGAACAUAUUGUUCCGUGCCUUUUCCCCUCAGAUUCCCUUACACCUGGGCAGGCUCUUUGUCCACCGGGUCCGACGACCUUCGGAAGGCUUUCGAGCACAUUCCUGGUGCGACCCUCGCGAGUCAGGACUUGUUUUCUCAGAAUGCACGAUCCUGCGUGGCAUUUCUGGUGUCAUCCCGUUAAUCAUGACCGACUCACUUAAGUUUGGUCCAGAGUGGCUCCGAAACUUAACGCAACCUUCUGACAGCUCCGGAGGGUUAGGUGGUGGUCCCACAAGCACAGCGCAUCGGUACCAGCUAGCAGAAUAUCGUUACGGCAGGGAGGAGAUGCUUGCCAUAUUCGGCAGCAAAAAACCCAGUGUACCAGAUUGGCAGGACAUCUUCCCAAUGCUCUUUCUAGAUAAGCCGCUGCCACCCUUGGCGCUCACUCAAAUGACAGAAGAGGAAACUAGGAUGUGGCAGCGGGGCAUAAACAGUGAGGUGGUGGUGCGGAGCACUGGAUAUGGCAGGGGUUCAGGACCCAUACCCAUAGGGGGCCGAGGUUUGCCUUUGCAAAAUUCUUCCAAUUAUGGACCUGGGGUCGGACGAGGCAGGGCUCGAUUCAGUAACGGCAGGGGCCGUUUUGAAGAAGACACUCCUCGGGAACCAGGAGGUAGUGGAUUUCCAGUCAACAACUACGCGUCAAGAGGCCGCUUUGAUAGAUCUGUCAGCGGGCCAGAGAGGACCUGGACUGAGAAAGCCGAAAACGGGGCUGAAUGGAGUGGAGGCUCGGUCAGCCCACGUCGCGAGUUGAAACCUUUCUUUGGCAAACCGCCAAUUGACAACUGGAGGAACAACAGCAUUGAUGGGGAGGAGGGAACCCAGGGGAGAAGGCCAAGUGGAGGCACUGGAAUUAAGUGGAACCGACCAAGCAGCUGGCGCAACGAAUCUGGUGGCAAAGACAGGGAGUCUGACUGGCACGGAGAAGGCGAGCACGGCAAAGAUCUUGGCUUCAAGUACAGUGACGCACAAGAGAAUGAUAAAGUUGAUAAACGAAUCGAUCCCAACUUCAAGUUUCUGGAUGCUAUCAAAGAAACAAAAGAAAUGCAGCGGCGAAGAGAGCUACUGGUAAAAGAGCUUGAUGAGCUGGACAAGAAAGUGAAAUUCUAUGAAGAGCAGGAAAAUUCGGGUUCCUGCCCUGUUAUUGAUUACGCAGAAUGCUUUACCCGAAAACAUACGAUCCAGAGUGAGAUCAAAAAGAGCGUUGAACUGGAGCAGGCACUCAUUGACAAGAUUAGGCACCACUUGGCUGUUAAUCCUAAGGAUGGAGAAAUGGGCGACUCUGGGCUGAGAAGACACCAUGACUCUGAUCUCCCAGAGUGGGCCACCAUGAAUGCAGCAGACGAGGGUGGUUCUUUUGAUGACAGUGGUGCCUACCAUGGUGGAGUUUUCUACUGUGAAGAUGGUCCGGAGAGGGAAAGCCCUUCGCAGACCAGCAAACACAGUUCCGAGUUGAGCCCAGAGCGGGCGAAUGAGGGCCACAAAAACUUAAGAAACAAGGAGGGGGAUAGAAGAGAAGAACCAAAGCUGCCGAAGCAAGUUUCGCACGUGAAGCCUCUGAUACCUCAGUUUGAGCAGGAGCAGAGCAGCUUCAAGAAACAUGAGAGCGUCAAAGAGCAGCAGCAGUCAGUGAAUAUUCUGCCCCUGAUCAUGGGUGAGAAGUCGAUCAGCAAUGAAAAGUGGCCUGAGAAAAUGGUCGACGACGUGAUCAAGGACGAGGUAGUGAAAAUCGCCGAGGAAGUGAUUCAGCCGCCCGCCAAGGAGGAGUUCUGGUUCUAUUUGGACCCGCAAGGCUUUGAGCAGGGCAAGUUCUCGACCGAGCAAAUGCUUGCUUGGACCAAAAGUGGCUUUUUCCCGCACAACCUGCAGGUGCGAAGAGACAGUGAUAAUUUCUUCUCGGACAUUUGUCGAUUUUCUGCCAUUUGGGAGCAAGCCAGUCCCGUGCCUGACCCUGUUCACACUGAGAUUCCUUUGAUACCUAAUGCCUUGAAAAGUGGAAGUCCAACAAAUAAUAGUUCUGGCAAAGUGUUUGAUAGCGUUCGCGUAGCUCAAGCAGAAAUUGCUAUGAGACAGUAUGAAGAAGCUGAGAGGAUUAAACUUGAUAGACUUGCUUUCGAGUCUGAUGAAGGAUAUUUGUCACCUGAGGAGAGUUUUGAGACCAAAAACUAUGAAAAGCAAAUGAUCUGGAACGAAUUAAAGAAGGAGAAAGAGCGUAGGGAUAUGCACAACAGAAUGGGUGGAACAUUUGCAAAUUACGUGCCACUUGAUUCAUCCUCAGCACCCAGCCUCAAACCGACCUCAGCGUGGAUCUCCCAGUGGAUGCAGAAGCAGUAUGCCAAAUUACUUAAUGGCAAGAAACGCUUCCUGCCUGAGGAGCGGGAACUGCUUAUCCUGUGCAAACUGCACGAGAAGAAACUAGAACUAGACAACAAAGAGAAAAUGGUGCGCGUGAUGCCAAAUCUGGCUCCUGGUGACUCAUGGCACCUGCCUCCUGUGCCCAGUGUGCCCGAAUCUGUCUGGGGCUCGGAACCAGCUGCCGCUCCUUCCCCCUCCAGACUGGUUGACUCCCUCUGGGGUGACUUGGAACCCAUUCCAAUGCCCCAAUCUGUGCCUACGUCAUUAUGGAGCAUGUCAAGCCCAAAUGGAUUACCUCAGGCGAGGCACCAGUUCACUGGUCAAUUCGACAAAGUCGAGGCAGAUGCGCUGGAGCUGGAGAAGCUGGCGGCCGAGGCUACAAGUCGGCGCGAGAGUCACAGGCGUGAAGAAAACCUGCGCAUACAGAAGGAGCUGGAAGCGGCAAAGAAGGCCAUAGAACUGAAGAGGCUGGAGGAGGAGAAGCGAUUGCAGGAGGAGGCUGAGAAGCAGAGGCAGGAACUUAUGAUCGCUAGACAAAUGGAAAUUGAGCUAGAGAAGGAAAGACUGCGGCUGGAACAGGAAAUCCAAAAGAAGAAAUUAGAAGAGGAGGCAGCAGCCGCUGCAGCUGCUGCUGCAGCAGCGAUGCGACAAAAAAUGGAGUUGGAGAAAAAGCUAGCUGAGGAGGAAGAAAAGAGGAGAGAAACGGAGGAAAAAGAGAAGAAAAAAGCCAAGAAUGAGCCUUCUAUUUCCAGAGCCCAGGAAGAAGCACUGAAAAAGCAGCAGCAGUUGGCAAGAAAGAAAGAGCUGGAAAUGCAGAGCGUGCAGCAGGUGGAGGCGCAGCAGCGGCAGGAGCAGUUGCGGAAACAGAAGGAGCUGCAACUUAAGCAGCAGCAGGAACAGGAGUUGCAGCGGCAGCUGGAGAUUCAGCGGCAGCAGGAGAUGCGCAAGCACCUUGAACUGCAGCAGGAGCAGCAGCGCAAGAAGCUGGCCGAGGCGAAGGCGGCGAGCGCCAAGGCGAGCAAGGUUGCGCCGUGGAUGCAGCAGGCGGCCGGCAUCAAGAACUCGGUCACCAGCCUAGCGGAGAUCCAGAAGCUGCAGAAGGAGGAGACGCAGAAGGAGAUGGCUGCUGUUCAGGAGCAACGCUCCAAACUGCAGCAACAGCAGCAGCAGAGUUUGUUUGCCGAGGAGCACAUGCGCCCUUGGGACGGUGCCAACCAGAAGAUAGCUCAAUCCAUGCUCAACUUGCAGCAAAUCCAGGAGGAGCAGAAGAAAAGCCGUACAGAGCUGACUGUGGAGCGGCCACCGCCGGCUGUGCCUGCGCCCGUCGCCAACCCCAUCAGCAACAUGUGGAACUCCGCCUGGUCUCAAGCGCCGCCCCAGACUUCUGGCAUCUGGGGCCAGAGCGUGACCUCUAAGGUCAUCGCCAAGCCAGUCCAUUCCACUCAGCCUGCACCCCAAGUGUCCGCCAUGCCGGCCAGCAUUUGGAACGCAGACCCUGAGCCAGCUCAAAGUGCACCGCCUGCUGCUCAAAAGACAGCUCCGGCAAAUACAGCCGCGGCUAAGAAGAAGACCAGCAAGAACAAAUCAAAGAAAGAGGAGGCGCAAGUCAUGAAGAUUUUCGAGUCGAAAAAAUGCUCGGAUGAUUUCACCUCAUGGUGCGUUCAGUCAUUAAGUGCCCUUGACUCGGACGUCGACAUCGACAUCCCCACGUUUGUUAACUUCCUGAAGGACAUCGAGUCGCCCUUUGAUAUCAAUGACUAUGUCCGCUCCUACUUAGGAAACGGACAGGAGGCGAGGGAAUUUGCCAAAAAUUUCAUCGAGAAGCGCUCUAAGUGGCGUAACUCGCAGAAAAAGUCUGUGGCAGCCGACGACCUGUGCAAACCUGCACCCGCCGUCAACCCCAUGGAGAAUGAUUUCCUCGAGGUCAAGGGUAAGGUCAAGAAACCCAAAAAGAAGCAGAUGACCAAGGUGGACAGCAGGAUUCUUGGCUUCAGUGUGACCGCAGCUCCAGACAGACUGAAUGUGGGCGAUCGAGACUAUGGUGAACAGUGAUCUGGAACAUUUUUCUCUCUUCGCAUGCACACUGUACACAUCCACUCAGACUCCUAGUGAGAACAUAAAUCUCUGCUGUCUGUCAACUGCGCAUUUUUAAUUUUCUCAUUGGAGUCGCCAAAACAAUCAAAAGCGGAAACAAAAUUUGAUACAGUAUUAUGUGUGAUCGACACAUUAAUUCUAUUGUUAAUUUAUUUAUUGAAGGAAAAACUUAUCGAGUUGCGCGCUGUUGUACUUUUAAUUCCAUUCCUGAAAGACUUGAUAACUAGCAACAUCAACCUUCCUUUUGGAAACUAAUGAACAAUAUUUAAACAAAGUUAAACAAAAAAUUGCGGCCCGAGUAGUUUGAAGAUGUGAGAGCUACGGGUGAACAAACGACUGAAAUACUUACCAAGCAUGAGACAAGUGUUUUGCAGAAAUCCUUUCGAUGAUGUAUUUUCAACAUGAAAAAAAGUAAUAAUUGAAAAUCUGCAUAUUAUUAUUGAUCCUUGUACAAAAUGAUAUUUAUAGUACGUUGAAAACAUGAUGCAAUAAAUUUUAUUUCCGACAACAGA